ACGAAAUCGAUAUUUGAUCAACAAUAAAAAAAAAAAAAAUCCUCAAUCAAAUUGAUAUUGGUGAUUUUGUUGUUGUUCAUCAAUUUCGUCUUUUUCAUUAUGGCUCAAUUUCAACGUAUUUCACGAAGUAAAUGUUUUGAUGGUUUUCAAGAAAUUUAUUCAUUUUUUAGUAAAGAACUUCAAUGUACAACACGGUUUUCGAUUUAUAUUCCACCGAAAGUAAAUCGAGAAAAUCCUGCACCAGUUUUAUAUUGGCUUUCCGGAUUAACAUGUACCGAAGAAAAUUUUAUUAUUAAAUCUGGUUUUCAACGUUAUGCAGCUGAACUUGAUCUAGUGGUUGUUGGACCCGAUACAAGUCCACGUGGUUGUAAUAUUGAUGGUGAAGAUAAAGAUUAUGAUUUUGGUACGGGUGCUGGAUUCUAUGUGGAUGCAACAACCGAAAAAUAUCGUGAUCAUUAUCGAAUGUAUUCAUAUGUUGUACGGGAACUUCCAACGGUUAUUGAAGAAAAUUUCCCAGUUAUUCCUGGAUUACGUUCAAUAUCGGGUCAUAGUAUGGGUGGACAUGGUGCAUUGAUUUGUGGACUGAAAAAUCCUGGUCUUUAUAAAAGUGUAUCAGCAUUUGCACCAAUAAGUAAUCCAAUGGUUAGUCCUUGGGGACAAAAAUGCUUCAAAGGUUAUCUUGGUGAAGAUAACCAAGAAGAAUGGAAACAUUGGGAUGCAACUGAAUUGAUUUCUCAGUAUAAUGGACCAGAUCUUCAUCUUAUGAUCGAUCAGGGUUCUGAAGAUGAAUAUAUGGAUCAUUUGUUUCCGGAAAAUUUUGUCGAAGCAUGCCGAAAGCAUUCAAUUCCAUUAGAUUAUAAUUACCGAAAUGGUUAUAAUCAUAGUUAUUAUUUUGUCGGUACAUUUAUUGGACAACAUUUAAAAAUGCAUUCAGAAGUUUUGAAAUCUUCGAAACAGCAGCAAUAAGAACUGGCGAACCGAUUCGAAGAAAACGAUGCGAAAAAAAUCAAUCAAAAACCAAAAACUUUUAUCAAAAUUCUGAUUUAAUCUGGAAAUUUAAUUGAUAAUUUU